AUGGAUGUGCCUCUGCCUUCACAGUCCAACCGUGCUGGAUGCAAUGGAAGCGUCGGCAGCCCGUCGGAUGAUCCAUAUGGCGUUACGGCCAUGAUGAACUUUGAUGGGUACUCAGAGCUCUGCGGCAGCCCUUCGUUAGCUGACCAGCUGUUCUCGUUGCUGAACGACUCGUCCACACACCAGAUGUUUGCUAUGUGGUCAUCCUUGGGAUCUUCGCCGCGUGCUUCUGGUGUCAGUGAAGAUAUGCAGCUCGAUGCCUAUUCCAGUGUACCCGGGGAUCAAAAGGUUGAUUUGGUAUCUUCGGUGAAUCCAGCUGAAACUGGGACCGGGAGAAUGGCCAAGAGUUCAGGCGACCUUGGCUCAGAUGGUGAUCCCGAACAAGGAAGUACUAGCUUGGUUCCCAGGCCUAUUGCCGGCAACUUACUCGCUGACAGGAUGCUCAUGGCUCUGUCUUUGUUCAGGAAGUCACUUGGCGGCGGCAUUCUUGCGCAGGUCUGGAUGCCUGUUGAGCAGGAGGGGCAUGUCGUGCUUAGUACAUGUGAACAGCCGUUUCUGCUUGACCAAGCUCUUGCUGGGUACAGAGAAGUAUCCAGGCAUUUUGUGUUCUCUGCUAAGGAGGAGACUGGCCUUCAACCAGGGCUUCCAGGGAGGGUCUUCAUCUCCGGUGUGCCAGAAUGGACCUCAAAUGUGCUCUACUACAGCAAGCCAGAGUAUUUGAGGAUGGAGUAUGCUCUUCACCAUGAAGUUCGAGGAUCACUUGCAAUGCCGAUAUAUGACCCUAGCAAGGGCUCUUGCUGUGCGGUGCUUGAGCUUAUCACAAAGAAGGAGAAACCUGACUUCGAUGCAGAAAUGAACAACCUUCGCCAUGCAUUGCAGGCUGUGAACUUGGAGACAGCAAAAGAUUGUAUCGAUCAGAAGGUUUAUUCAGCAAAUCAGAAAGCCGCCUUCACUGAGAUUUUGGAUGUUCUAAGAGCUAUUUGCCAUGCACACAUGCUUCCGUUGGCCCUUACAUGGGUCCCUUCAUCAAAUGGUAGUGAUGGUGGUUAUGUUGGACAUGAUAGUGUCCUUGAUUCUCAGUCAGGGAAAGCGAUACUCCGCAUCCAUGAAUCAGCGUGUUAUGUUAAUGAUGCAAAGAUGCAAGGUUUUUUUCAUGCAUGCACUGAAACUCAUCUUGAGAAAGGGCAAGGUAUUGCAGGCCGAGCACUCAAGUCCAAUCUGCCGUUCUUCUCUCCUAAUAUAAGAGAAUACGGAAUUAAGGAUUACCCACUCGCACACCAUGCUCGUAAGUUUGGUCUGCAUGCUGCUGUAGCAAUCCGGCUAAGGAGCACAUACACUGGUGAUGAUGACUACAUACUAGAAUUCUUUCUACCAAUCAACUGCACAGGCAGUGAAGAACAACAGAUGUUAUUGAAUAACCUGUCCAGUACUAUGCAAAGAAUAUGCAAAAGUUUGCGAACAGUUUCUGAAGCAGAGGUUGAUAAAGUUGACGCUUGUACUGCAGUAAUGUAUAAGGCAACCAGUGGAAGUUGCUUGCCUACUGGUCAGUCUUGGAGUUCUUCACAUGGUGAUCAACCUGCCACAGAAGAGGCAUUCCAGGAUCUAUCUUUAAUUGAUAAGCAAGGGGACAUGUCCGAGCAGGCACAGUCUAGUUCAAUGCGACUUGCGGAGAAAAAGCGCAGUACAGCGGAGAAGAAUAUUGGCAUGGAUGUUCUCCGUAAGUACUUUUCUGGGAGCCUAAAGGAUGCUGCAAAGAGCCUCGGUGUUUGUCCAACAACCUUGAAACGGAUAUGCCGCACACAUGGAAUUUCGCGAUGGCCAUCUCGCAAGAUAAACAAGGUCAACCGUUCGUUAAAGAAGAUCCAAACUGUCAUUAACUCUGUCCAUGGAGUGGACAGCUCUUUGCAGUAUGAUCCAGCUACUGGAUCUCUUGUUCCAGCAGUUUCUCUGCCAGAGAAGACUUCAUUCCCUUCAUGUGAUGCUGUGUCUAGUCCAUCUGUUGGGAAAACUGUGGAUGAAAAAUCUGGCCCAAAAUCUGAGCAAGGGUAUUCGUCACCUGAAGGAUGGGAAAGAGAUAGCUGUCAGUUGCAGCGCUCUGAUGCGCAGAAAGGGGAAGGCGGUGAAUUUCACAUGCAGACAACUAACUAUAGUGGCAGUGGUGAUCACGGCUCUUAUGGUCCGAAUAUCACACAUCAUAUUAGUUCUGAAGGAACACAAGGACCAUUAUAUCCCACUGGUGCUGUUAGUGCUUUACAUGACAAAGAAACAGGUUGCAUCGAACCUUUGCCCUGUGUCCUCCCAAGCAUCAAGACUACCAGGGACCAAAUAGUGGGAAGGAACUCACCACCCAUGCAACAAGCAGAUAUUGAUAUGUUUGAUGAUCGCGAAGGCAGGGAGCAUACUCAUCCUUCUACCUCUGGUAUGACAGACUCUUCUAGCGGCAGUGCAUCAAGCCACCCUACAUUCAAGAAGAACCCAGCACGCCCACUUAAGGACAAGAGCAGCCCUGCACUUACGGUCAAGGCGACGUACAAUGGAGACACCGUGCGGUUCAAGUUCUUGCCAUCGAUGGGCUGGUACCACCUGCUGGAAGAAAUAGCCAAGAGGUUCAAGCUGUUGACCGGGGUGUUCCAGCUCAAGUACAAGGAUGACGAGGACGAGUGGGUCAUCAUGGCGAACGACUCCGAUCUCCAGGAGUGCGUCGACGUCAUGGACUCGAUGGGCACGCGCAACGUGAAGCUCCAGGUCCGGGAUCUCCCGUGCCUCAUCAGCAGCUCGGGCAGCAGCAGCUGCUUGCAGCUGGAAGGACACAAUUCAUGA